UCUCUCCUCCGUGCCGUUGCCACUGUUGACUGUUGCCACGCCGCAACCGCAACACACCACGCAGGCGGCAGCGGGCGCAAUAAUGCGCACGCAGAGGAGCACAGCGGCGUCACUGCUGCGGCAGUAAUGGCCGCCUGGUUCCACCACCACGGCGUCUACUAGUGAUACACCGAGCCCACCCUUCCUUGGUUCCUUCAACACGGCCCCCUCCGGCCUCCGGAUCGCGCACCGCGCCUGCCACCCACCAAAGCGCUCCCGGAAUCUUUGCCGAGCGGCGCCGCUUACUGGCCGGCAAGGCGACCCCGUCUCUCUUCCGGCGUUGAUCUGGUUACUCCGGUUGAGGCGGGCGGAGUGGCGGCGCGAUGGGCAUCUCGGCGAGGUGGCUCAAGUCGUUAGUUGGGUUGAGGAAGGUGGAGCGGCAGCAGCAGCAUCGUAAGGAGGAUGCAGAUGUUGGACGAAUGAAAGGCGAUGUUGCCGAUCAGUUUCAUUUUCAGAAUCAGCGCUCUCAAGAAGACAGCAGCAUUGCUGCACAAGAAGAAAUUCCAGAGGUUCCUUAUGGAAAUGAUCCACCUGAAGUUGAUUCUAAUGCACCUUCAUGCUUGGAACCCACUUGUGAUUCAGCUCAUGUGCCACUGUCUCAAACCGAAGAGGAACUGGAAGAGAUCUGGGCUGCUACGAUUAUUCAGACAGCAUUUAGAGCAUUCCUGGCUAGGAGAGCCCGUCGAGCUUUAAAAGGGCUGGUUAGGCUUCAAGCCCUUGUAAGGGGUCAUAUAGUAAGAAAGCAAGCUGCCACGACACUCCGCUGUAUGCAAGCUUUGGUCAGAGUUCAGGCCCGUGUUAGAGCAAGGCGAGUUCGCAUGGCUUUGGAAAACCAGACUGACCAGCAAAAUACUUCACCAGAGCACACGAUUGAGGCACGUGUUAGAGAAAUUGAGGAUGGCUGGUGUGAUAGUAUCGGUUCUGUGGAAGAUAUCCAAGCAAAACUUCUAAAGAGGCAGGAAGCAGCAGCUAAACGGGAGCGAGCCAUGGCCUAUGCUCUAGCUCAUCAGUGGCAAGCAAGUUCAAGACAAGCUGCAUCAUUUGAACCUGACAAGAACAGCUGGGGCUGGAAUUGGCUAGAGAGAUGGAUGGCUGUUCGGCCUUGGGAGAGUCGGUUCCUUGGCACUUACGCUGCAGAUGGGAUUUUUGUAGUUAAUGAAACCAGGCAACCUGACAUAAGUGCAACGAAGACCCCAUGCAGAAAACCUGUUAAAAAGCAUGAUUCAACCCUUCAAUCAAACACAUUGAACCAGAAGGUCUUCCCAUCAAACUCAGAGGGUGGUGGCUCCUCGACAAACCGAUCCAGUGGUUCGGCAUCAGCUAAAUCUAGACUGAAGGUUUUACCCAGAGAAGGCGCUGAGGAAGCUUCAUCUCGUCCUUCUGUACUUGUUGUGCGGUCCACUAGUAACCCAAGGGAGAGGACUUCCAAUAUUAAUUCAAAAGAGAGGACUGGGGACUUGGAUUGUCAAGUUCAUAAAAGAUUCUCCUUGCCUGGCAUUGGUUCAGAAGCUGGCAAACACCUGACAAAGAAAGGCACGGUUAACCGAUCCCUGAAGGCCACAAAAGAUUCCCAAAUACUGGGGUCAAGGCACCAUCUUGCCAGUUCCAUUGAUCCAGUUCCCACUAGAGUUGAGCUAGAGACUGUUGUACAGGGAAGGAGGAAACGUUCCCGAGAGGUUGUUCAUGGAGAGCUGAAGGCUCCUGAGGUGUGGGUUUCCCCCGAUGCCCGCGGGGAUCGGCCCCUCUAUGUGGUUGAUCGCCAGGGACAGGUCCUCCAGCCGGGAGAGGUUCCCGAGCGACGCAGGGAUGGUUCCGGUGAUGCUGUUGUUGGCAAGACGGAGAACUCUGAGCACCGUCAGCAUGUCGCCGAUCUCGGCAGGUAUUCUUCCUCGCAGCCCCCUGUUGCCACUGACGUCCAUGACCUCGAGACGGACGCAGCGGCUGAUGUUGCCCGGGAUCUCGCCGGCGAGCGAGUUGUCCGCCAGAUCAAGAUACCAGAGGCGGCGGAGGGAGCCGAUGGUCGGCGGGAUGUCGCCGCGGAGGGCGUUGAGGCUCAGGUUGAGGGACCGGAGGAAGGUGAGGUUGCCGAUGGCGGGGGAGAUGGUGCCGGCGAGCCCCUGGGAUUGCAGGUCGAGAGCGACCACCCUCCGUGGGUGUCUCUGGCCGCCGCACCUCACGCCCUCCCAGCUGCAGUAGCUGCCGCUGCCGUUCCGAGACCAGGAGACUAUAACAUUACGGGUGUUCUAAUGAUAUCCAAUGCUUUUGUGAAUUUGAAAAAAAUAAAUAAAAAAAUGUGUAAAUGCUGGGCUGGCAAACGGAAAUGGGCUGCCCAGGCCCAAGAGGAAGCCGUCCCUUUAUUCCUUGCCUCCACGACGCGUCUUUGUAACGAACCAAACCGGAACGUAACCUCCCACUCUCGUCAACGACCUCGUCCGUCGCGCCCGAGGCGAGAACGCCCCCAGUUUCGCGCUAUGGCGGCGACGUCGUCGAGGCGCGUGUCGGUGCCGGCCCUGGCGGCGGCGGCGGCCGCCGUGCUCCUGCUCGCUUCCGUAGCCGCGGGCGACGACCACAACGGCGUCUACGAUCCGUGCGCGGACGCGUCGGUGCAGCGCGGCGACGGGUUCACCUUCGGGGUGGUCUUCUCCGGGCGCGACUCCUUCUUCUCCGGCGGCGUGCAGCUCUCCCCCUGCGACAGCCGCCUCGGGCUCGCCAACCGCGCGCAGCUCGCGCUCUACCGCCCCCAGGUCGACGAGAUUUCGCUCCUCACCGUCAACUCCUCUUCCUUCGACCCGUCUUCUUCUGGUGGGUACAUGGUGGCUUUCGCCGGGAAGAAAUACGCAGCUAGGUCAACCCCGGUGUUCGUCGCCAACACCUCGUACACAGUGACAGGCUUUACCCUGGUCCUGGAGUUCCAGAAGGGCACGCUCCAGAACCUGUUCUGGAAGCCCAGCGGGUGCUCGUCAUGCUCGGGGCGCUCCGACUUCGCGUGCGUGGACAGCAGCUGCGCGAUCAAGACGACGAGCUGCAAGGGCAAGGGCGGGCAGGUGGACUGCAACCCUGGGAUCCAGCUCGCGUUCUCGGGAACGGACAAGCACGAGGCCGUGCUCAACUCGUGGUACGAGGUGUCCAAGCUCCGGCAGUACUCCCUGUUCGGGCUCUUCUCCAACCUCAAGGACUCGCUCACCAGCCAGUUCAGCAGCUUCUUCUAGCUAGAGCCUGCCCCGUCCAGUGCGAGCUGCCACGUCGUCGCUCUGUACUGUACGCUUGCUUUUGCUCUGUCUGUUCUAUGGACUAUGGUUAUCGUGUAGAGUAUGCUUAGUGAAUACUCCUUCUGUCGUAGUUUUGUUUCUGAUGACAGAAGAACUACGUAUGUGUAUAACGGCUAUCAUCAGAUGAGUCCUAUGUAUGUCAGUAUGUGCAGUUUAUAAUGCAAAUGAGAUGGUGUAAGUUUUGCGUGACUCCA